CUGGUAGCCUCAGAGCCCCUGCAGCCGCCUCCGUCGCCGCUCGCUUCCCCAUCGCCGAAACCCGGCCUUGGUCCCGACUUGGCCUGGGAUGGAGCUGCCCGCCAUAAACCUCAAGGCCAUUGUUCUGGUGCACUGGCUGCUGACAACGUGGGGCUGUUUGAUAUUCUCAAACUCCUAUGCCUGGGCUAAUUUCACCGUCCUGGCCCUAGGGGUGUGGGCCAUUGCUCAGCGGGAUUCCCUGGAUGCCAUAAUUAUGUUUCUGGUGGGGCUGGCCAUCACCAUCCUCCUGGACAUCAUCUACAUCAGCAUCGCCUACCCGCACGGAGUCACCCUGAACGACACGCAGCGCUUCAGCACCGGCAUGGCCAUCUUCAGCCUUCUCCUGAAGCCCCUCUCCUGCCUCUUUGUCUACCACAUGUACCGAGAGCGAGGGGGCGAGUUCAUCCUCAACAUAGGUUCCUUUGGCCCGCCCCAGGAGCGCAGCGCGUACCAGACCAUUGACACGCAGGAGGACCCGGCCUUGGCGCACCCCUACGCAGACCUGGAGAGCAAGCCGGCCGCUCGGCCAUACUGAGAUCCCCGCCCACCGCCUCCUUCUCUGUGCUGGGCCUUCAUUCCCCACACUGAAGACUCUAAGCCCCUCGCCCUUCCCCCCGAGUUUAUGAGCCUCUGGCAGCAGGUGGGGUCCCUCCAUCUCUGCCUCUCAGGGGAAGUGAGCUCUUGAUCGGUUCUCUCCGCUCCCGAUUGUGACCCACACUCCAGUCUCUCAGCACUGUACUCCCGUGAGAGACCCCUGCCACAAUGAUGCACUUUUGCUAGGUUGAGUCUGUCUGUCCCCACCUCCGGGCCACACUGCCCAGUGCCUGGCUGCGUCAGGGUCAGUUGUGACCGGUGAGGGUAACUGUCCUCCCCAUACCCCAGGCGGGUAGGGAGUGUUUCCAGGGGCCGGGCACGGGGCAAUGGUGAGGGAAGGGCCGCUCCCUCUGCUGCUUCCUCCGACCCGGCCAUGCUCCCGGGGACAGCGCUUGGACAGAGCCCCUGAAACACUGCCAUUGCCUUUCUUACCUACUGCCGAGUUUGGCAUUAAAGUUUGUGGAAGAUGA